AUGGAAACAACUGCAACAUAUUCACUUGAAGAAUGUAUUAAUCAUAUAGGCCUAGGAAAAUAUCAAUGGCGUUUAAUUACAAUCCUGGGAUUUUGUUCAAUGGCUGACGCUGUGGAAAUGAUGCUCUUAGCUAUUUUAGGGCCAGCAAUUACUUGUUAUUGGCCUGAUGUGACAAAAAUUCAAAUGGCAGCAUUAACUACUGGUGUCUUUGCUGGUAUGAUGGUUGGCGCAUUUACAUUUGGUAUUAUAGCUGAUAAAUACGGUCGCAGACGAGUAAUUGUUCUAAGCGCAGUUUUAAAUACUUUAUUUGGAGUAUUUACAGCAGUCGCGCCGAGUUAUUAUUGGAUAUUGAUCGCAAGAAUUCUUGUGGGAUUUGCUCUAUCAGGGGCUUCUCAAGGUUCAACAUUAAUGCUUGAAUAUUUACCGUCGGCAACUCGUGCAACGCUCAUUAUCGUUGUUGAGCUAUUUUGGUCAUUAGGUAGUAUAUUUGAAUAUGUUUUGGGUAUGAUUAUCGUUCCAUUAUAUGGAUGGCGUGUGUUAACAAUUCUUUCUGCUUUACCAAUAUCAAUUGUUGCUGUUUGUAUGUAUUUCGUACCUGAAUCACCACGUUAUUUCGUUGCUAGUGGUCGUCCAGAAAAAGCUGAACAUAUUUUAAAAGCAAUAGCAUUAACAAAUAAGCGUUCUUUGCCACCUGGAAAACUUCAAGAUGUCCAUGCUCAGGAAGAAUGUGGUUCACUAAAAAAUUUGUUUCAUGUGAAUUAUAAGCGCACAUCGUUUCUACUUUCAUUUAUGUGGAUGACAGUAGCUAUGAGUUAUUAUGGUUUAAUCUUAAUCAAUACGUCGAUCAUGACAUUACUUGACGAUGCGCAUCACUCAAUAGGGAAUACGAGUACUAUUAAACCUAACGAAUGCAAAAUGUUAACCACUGAAGAUUAUCAGUCAUUAAUAUUUACAACAUUUGGUGAAAUGUUAGGUAUACCAUUAUUAUUAUUACUUCUUUCAAAAUUUGGUCGUCGUGUCGUCUGUUGUAUAAAUUUCUCAUGUGCAUCAUUUUGUUUUUUAUCAUUUCUAUUUAUUUCUCACACGAAGCCAUGGGUAAUCAAUGCGAUUACAUUUUCAGCACGAAUGUUUAUUAGUUCACAAUUCAGUUUAAUGUAUCUCUAUACGAUGGAAGUUUAUCCGACAGUUAUUCGCGCUAUUGCCGUUGGAUGUGCAUCGUCUAUGUCAAGAAUUGGUGCUAUGAUAACGCCAUUUUUAGCGCAAGUUUUAAUUAAACACACAUUUAGUGGAACUAUUGCGAUUUAUGCUAUAACCACAGCUAUGGCAGCUAUAUGUGCUGUUCUAUUACCAAUAGAAACUAGAGGACGUGAACUGAAACAAGCCACGUCGGAUCGAGCUAAUUCAUCAACAGUACCUGUAGAUACUACUGUAGAUCCUUGGGCAGCAGCUGUUGAUAAUUUAGCAUCGCUCAUGCAUAUAAAUGGUAGUGUUAUAAAUGAAGGAUAUCAACCGUUAAUACAAGACAAUCUCAGUGAUGAAGAACUGUCAUAA